CGCAGCCCCUCGGGCGGGCGCGCAGGAACAUGGCCGGGCAGGGCGGCAGCAGCGCUGGAGGCCGCGGCGUUGUGAUUUCAGACAAUUGGCCUGGAUACAGUCUGGAUUUGUUCACUUACCCUCAACACUACUAUGGUGACCUGGAAUAUGUGCUCAUUCCUCAUGGCAUUAUUGUUGACAGGACAGAACGACUGGCGAAAGAUAUUAUGCAAGACAUUGGAGACAAUGAUAUUGUGGUUCUCUGUGUCCUCAAAGGUGGCUACAAGUUCUGUGCUGAUCUUGUGGAGCACAUUAAAAAUCUCAGCAGAAAUUCAGAAAGGUUCAUCUCCAUGAAAGUCGAUUUUGUUAGACUGAAAAGUUACCACAAUGAUCAGUCUAUGCAAGAUAUGCAGAUAAUUGGAGGAGAUGAUCUUUCAAAGCUGACUGGCAAGGAUAUUGUUGGAACUGGAAGGACCAUGAAGGUUCUCCUUAACAAUAUAGAAAAAUACAAGCCAAAAAUGAUUAAAGUAGCAAGCUUGUUGGUGAAAAGAACAUCUCGGCCUGAUGGGUACAGACCAGAUUAUUAUGGAUUUGAAAUUCCAGAUUUAUUUGUGGUAGGUUAUGCCUUAGACUACAAUGAGCACUUCAGAGAUUUAAACCACAUAUGUGUUAUCAACGAUCAUGGCAAAAGAAAAUACAGAGUCUGAAGCAAUAACAUCAACACCUGAAUAUUUAUGUGAAGCAAAAAUUUGACUACACUCCUUCAAGCAUCUCCCAGAAAAGUGAUUCAACUAGCUUGUAUGUCUUUCAACUCAGUAUAAUAAGGGGUUUACUCUAGAGAUGCUAAUGAAUAUUUACAGAUGUGAGAGGUCUUAUCUCAAAUGUGAAACAUAGGACUUUUACAGUUACUACCUUUAUUACAUAUUAAAAUUACCACCUAAGAUGCCUUUUGACUAAUAACUUGUCUGCCUCAGGUCUCAUUGUGAACACAUCUUUUCUUUGCUCAGUUCUUCAUUCCACCUAUUGCAAUUGCAAUAAUUUCACCUACUUUGCUGUGUUGCACAAGGUAGUUCAAAAGUGCCAUUCUGUGCAUGAAAAUUAUUUUACAAGAUUUUACUGACUUCAUCAUGCUUUUAGUCUUGGUCAGAUAUGCUGCUGCAAAAUUGAAAGCAUUAUUUUGACUUAAUUCCACAACUCAAAAGUUUCACUGGAAGUUUUGUGUUGUGCUGCAGUUCAUUACUGACUCCUCAAACAAAUUUUUAGCUCCCAGAAUGUGCUGAAUUAGAAUGAAGGUCAAAAUGAACCUUUGCAAGACACUGUUGAUCCAAAAUUGGAAGAUAUCAUGGUUCUGGUAUGUCAUGUAGCCAUAGAUCUGACCUGUUUAAUGUGCUGAAUUUUAAUCAAGACAAAACAAUGCCAGGCAGAUUUGAAUUUCUGCAUGGUAUCCCUUUCUUCUUGUAGCACACAAACAAGUAUAAAAAUGAACAGUGUUUUCCUGAGCUCAUUUUCUUAACUUAUCCUCAUUAAGCACAAAAGUUUAAUGUUAGUCAGACAAUUAUUCAGUUACGAUUUGAUUCUGUAAUGUGUCUAAGUAGAGAUUUCUGUAACCAUCUGCCAUCUUAGAGAAUACAGGUCUGGCAAUGCUGAAGGAGUCUUGUAUGGAAAAAAAGAAAAAUAUACAAGACAACACAGAAAACCAGUUAAUGCAUGAGUGUUGUAGACUCUAGACUCCUUCCUUUGUAGAUCAUGCUUGAAGAAGUUUGUGAAUUUUAUGUACUGUAUUAGCUGUGAAAAGUUUAAUCCUGUAUUAAAUAUAACUGUUCUUAACAACUUCCUGAGGAAAAACAAUGCAAAGUAAGUAGCUGUGUAUCAGUAGCUUUGCUCUGAACUGUGAGACACAGAUUGUUACUAGCUGCAGAUUCCUAUAAACUAAUAAAGAAACGUUAAGAAUGCUUAUUUCA